UAAUUUCAGAUAUUUAAGAAUGACUUGAGUAUAAACUUUAAUAAAAAUGGAUAAAGGAACUCUUCUUGCCUUCUUUAAACCUAUUUCACGUCCUAAAUCUGGUUUGUUGUCAACGCCCGAGGGGAAGAACUUGGAGACCUUAGAAAACCCUGAUUCUGAACCCUCAGAUUCCAUCAAAAAGACUGAGAACCCUGUUCAAGAACCCCCAUGUUCAAUCCGGAGUACGGGGAACCCUGAUCUUGAACCCUCAGGUUCCAUCCGGAGUACAGGGAACCCUGAUCUUGAACCAUCAGGUUCCACCCCGAGUACAGGGAACCCUGAUUCUGACGAUGGAACAGAAAGUUCUGAUUUACAAACCAAGAACCUAGAACCAGGUGUUCAAAAUGUUCCAGAACCUGGAACCAAGGAGAAAGUGCAGAAUCAAUCAAAUGAAAAGGAAAGUUCAGUAGAAACUGAAGGAAAGGACCAACAGGAUAAAGAUGAAGAAUCUAAGAAAAUGAAUAAUAAUUCAUUACCGAAAAGGAAAAGAAAAACGGAGGACGUUGAAGAAGAUCAGGAGAUGAGAAAGAAAAUAAAAAAAUCCGGCGACACGUCCACCUCAGAAAGCCUAGGACUGAAACAGAACUCCAUUCAGCAUUUCUUCAAGAAGAGUAGCGGAGAUGCGAGACCUGAUCCAAGUACUCAUGUUUCUUCCAGAUUAUUCAACAAAAAGAGAAAACGAGUUCGCGUGAUAGACAGUGAUUCAGAUAGUAAUAUUUCGUUGGAUUUUAACGAUGCUGAUACUGUAGUGACCGAAGACACACCUGAGAACACUGUUGAUACUACUGACAUCCUUGAUACAACAGUGGAGCAAAACGUGAAACCAUCAAACCAAGUUGAAGAUAAGAAAUCUGUGAAACCAUUUCAGAAUUCUACGAUAGCAUCCGGGAGCCCAGGUGUGAAGAAUGCCUUUACAAUGAUGAUGAAACGGAAAGAAAUUCCUCAACCAGUUCUUGAUGAAACCUCCAAACACUUAGAAGAAAAUAAAAAGAUAACUUCAGAACAAACUGAAUCUAAAGAGAAACAUAUUGAGACGGUUGAAAAGGAAGAACAACAAAAUCCGCCUAAAAUUCCGGAUGUGAACUCUAGUAAAGAUCAGAACAAGUUCAUAGCGGCUAAAGUUGAUAAAGAAGAAGUAGACGUCAAAGUAGAAAGCGUUGAUAAAGAAUCUGCGAAGAAAGUGGACACAGACAGUUACAAGCCCAUUAAAGUACUCAUGGAGACUCCAACUAGGAAAUUUAAGGAUGCAAGACUAAAGAAUAUGCUCUCUGUAUUGAGUUCUAUCAAGAGUGAUGAUGAAUAUGAAGAUGUUGAAAUGAUUGAACUGGAUUUUACCCCCAAGUCUAAAAAGAAAACUCGAAGAAAGGGGGAAGAGAGACGUCGAAGGGAAGGAAAGGAGGAAGACCCUGAAAAAAAAGGAUUGGAAGAAUCUGGGAGCAAGGAGUUUGAACUUGGAGAAGAUAAAGAGAAUUUAAAAACUGGAUUUAAACCAAUGAAGACAGGCGUAUAUAAAGUGAUGUGUAAAGGCAAGGAGGGAGAAUUUGAUUUCUCUAAAUACAUCUCAGGAGGGGUGGGGGCCUGUGUUCUCUACGAAAAUCAAUGGCUGACUCCAAACCAGUUUGAAAAGUUGGCGGGAUCUAGAAGUAAGAAAUACAAGCAAUCCCUGUAUAUUGAUGAGAAACCUUUAAAAGAAUUGCUCGGUAGUGCGAGCAGUAGCAAUAAUACCAGUGGACGGACUUCACCUUUAGGACUUAAUGUUAUCAAGAAUACCGUCUCUCUUCGUACGGCUGCAAGGAAAGCGAAAAGUCAGAGAAUUAAGUCAGAUAAAUCAGAAAAUGCUUUAACGACAACCAAGUUCAAAUCUAAAUCUUCCAAGUCCCCGAAUACUUUAUCUUCAAAGAUAGAUCAUUCUAAAGGGGUAGAAGCAAAAGACAAGGACGAAAAUGUUCCUGGAAACUCAGGGAAAGAACCACCCGGAAAAUCCCUAGCUUCGGAAGAGGAGGAAGAGACUUCUGAAAGUUCACAUGGUGAUAGAAAAGAUACUACUGAGACGGAAGAGACUCCUGGAAACUCGAGGAAAGAACCACCCGGAAAAUACCUAGCUUCUGAAGAGGAGGAAGAGACUUCUGAAAGUUCACAUGGUGAUAGAAAAGAUACUACUGAGACGGAAGAGACUCCUGGAAACUUUCGUCGAUCUGGAAGGAUUGCCAGGAAUCAGGACAAGAUGGAUGAAAAGAAGAAGGAACAAGAAGAAUUAGAGAAGAAGCUAAUGGAGUUGGAGAAGAAGGAAUCUGCCCGAAAGAAGUUGGGAAAGUUGGUUCCUCUAAACAAGAUUGUAGAGAAGGAUGAUGAGGAGUGUAUAAAUCUAG